AUGUCUUCCAUGUUUCGAAAAAAGGCGUCAAGCAGAAAGAGUGUUGACGCGUACAGUGAAUCUGAUCACUCUGAAAGCGAUGUCUCCAACGCUCCAACGCCGACUAGCCGUGUUGAGUCGUCAAAACCUAUCUCUCCCACUUCUGAAACACCCACUUCAAAACGCGAGCCAAUGUCGAGCGAAGCAUGGACAGUCAUAAUUUUACUCAUAAUCGGCAUAAUUGGACGACUGUGCUACGCCAAGUUUGGUGGAAUCGAGCUUUAUUUGGGCUCAAUUAUAACUGAAGACGAAAGCUUAUGGGGAACUGUACUGCGGGAUCUAAAUGCGCAAGAAGGAACUGUUGGCGCCGUAGUUAUUGGGCUUUGGGAGGGUGUUCUGUUACAUCAGAUAAUGAGGAUUAGCGCACGCGCAGCAGCUGGUGUAUUCGCUGGGUUGGCGGGUCGACUUGUGCUGGAUUUAGCCUCGGGGUCUGCCGGCCAGGCCCCGGCCGAGAGACGUACGCACCGUCGAGCACUAUCAGAGCGAGACUCUCAGCACGCAGAAACGAUCGGCCUUGGUACCAUACCUUCAGUGUUUUCUGGAGACCUCGAGGCCGAAAUUGCCGAGCUCAGACGACAGGCCAGUACUGCGGCCGGUCAACAGCACAAGUAUCAAGAAGAGCAGAAAUAUGAAUACGCUCGAGGAAACAAAGCGCGUGCCUUGCAACUUGAAUGUGAGUUCCCGUCUAAAGCGUCGAUCCGUGGACUUGAGCUUCGAAUAGGGGAGGUCAAACGAUAUGAAGCUUUGGCGGAGAGUCUAACCCGGCAAGUCGGUGACAAAAUUGUGGAAGCACAUCGUCGGGCCGUUGAGAAAGAACUUGCGACACCGUUGCCGGUCCCGCGUUCUUUCAACUCUGGACAACGACACGGUGGAGCUACACAACGUAGUGGAGGAUAUUACUCGGAAAGCGAUACUCGGCGAAAAAUAAACCCCGUCCGCGUGACUGUCUCGGCUGGUGGAGAAACCUAUGAAGUAACAGCUGAGGAUGAGGAAGUAGAAAUCGGUCCUAAUUUGCGAGUUCGCACCAGACAUGUCUACCAGCCACCAAUAACUCAGCCACAAGAGCCUGCGUCAAUCUCUACACAAUUUACACCGCCCAUUCGGCCCGCCCCUGCACGGGCAGCUUCGGUCACGCCCACGCCCUCGCCUGCUAGACCUCCACGAUCUGUCCCUCGUUCGAAAGCGAAUACUUUUACCCGGCCCGCUGGCGAUAUUGAUGAGGAUGUGCGCGCAGCUCCUGUUGGUUCGCGUGCCAAAGGCCGGAGCAAACGGGAGAGUGAUUAA